CUCGCGAUCCAAGUAUAGAACGCGCUGUGGCGCAUUAGUGGCGCGUAUGUAUAUUACUACGCAUGGAACGUCAACUGCUCUGCUCUGCUCUGAGAGCACUUUUUCCUAUCUGUACAAGCCAUUCAAGGCCUCGCUAGUCCUACGAUACUUCAAAUGGCUGCGUAUACUCUGCGCGAUCCGCCCAGGAACACAGAUUUCAGAGUACGGAAGGAUCAUAGCUCUGGCUGUCAACGUCACGGUCCCGUGGUCUCCGGGCCAUACUGCGAUGCUGUAAAGCUUCAGCGUUCCUAAGCCUUUGAAACGUUCAAUUCUGUUAAUUACCCAUGUCACAAAACGCCUCCUUGAUACUAACUCUACAGCCGAACAAUCCUUGCAACACUACCAUCACUGACCAGGAAGACGGCGGUAAAACCGUCUAUGAAGUCUACACUCGAUACGAACCUUCGACAACAACAUUUGUCGAAAAUGCAGCCGGAGAUGUCAUAGCCUCAUGGAAGUGGAGAGAAAUUCGGUCUGAUAUUAUCACUCUCGGUGGAGCGAGUCCUACGCCCGUCAGUUCGUGGUUGAAGAAGAGCAUUGUGCCCUUGAAAGACACUGUCACGUUCGAAGCCCACACAGGGUAUAAAUACAAAUGGAAGGGGAAUGGGCCAGGCCUUUCCUUCGAACUCUACCGUGAAGACGAUAAAAUACAUCCCAUUGCCCGCUUCCAGAAACCCUCACGAAACGCGAAGUCAACUCAGACGCCGGCUCGGUUGAUAUUUGAUGAACGCGGUGAAGAGAUUAGGGACCUCGUUGUGAUAUCCUUCCUUGUGCUGGAGAGAAGUCGAAGGGAGACAGAAAAUUCUACAGCCUUUAUUGUCCAGAGUAUGCAGAAUCCCCUGUAGUUACAGUGCAAGCCGGUAUGCAGAGUCUCCUGUAACUACAGGACGGUAGCGCUGGGGAGAUGCGUUCUGCAUAGCGA